CCUGCUCCCCCUCCGCCAGCUCCCUCGAAUUCCGUCGUGGUCCAGGCUCUGCAGCAUAUCAUCCCCAUGGAGAUCCCACCCGAGGGCUACCCCAUCUCCAGCCGCAGCACCAUGCAGCUCGAGCUCGACCAGUACACCAUCCCCCGCGGCUACUCCAUGCGCAUGAGCGGCACGCGUGAUAUGGGCAAGGGGAAGCGCAAGAUACGCUGGAUCUGCUUCCGUGCUGGCGAGGCCCGCUACAGCGAGGCAAGCAAGACGGCUGGCGUUCCCGAGCGCACCUCCAAGAAGUGCAAUUGCCCCUUCAAGUUUGAAUGUGUCGAGACGUUCCGCGACAGCAACAUGUGGGUCGUCCACCACCAUAUUACCCCGGGCACCACUGCCCACAACCACCCGCCCUCCGACCCUAGUGAGGACCCCCGCAGCCGCAAGCUGCCGCCUCAGAUCGGCCUCGAGGUCGACGGCUGGUUGAGGCAGGGCUGGCAGGUCAGCAAGAUCAUGACGGAGCUCAAGAACCGCGGCUUCAAGAAUGUCUUGAGCCGGGAUUUAUACAAUCGCAGGCAACAACUGAAGAGGGAGGUUGAGACCGAUGCUUAGCGUGAUCCGGUGAGGAAAGAGAGCGUCCAGACGAUGACCACAGGGGAGAACCGGGGGAGAAACUGGAGCCGGAGGACGUCCGCCUCUUUACAACACUGGCAAGAUCAUCGUAUCCAGAGACUCUACUGCCAAACUCGCUAGAAUACACAGAACACCCUUCUCCGUGACCUCCUUUCCAUAAUUUCCAAUUCAUUCACAUGCUGCGGUGUCCAUCACGUAUAGCAGGAACAGCAAAUUACGGAGACGGAGGAGAAGAAGAGGAAGAAGUAGAAGUAGAAUACGAAGAAGGGAACGCUGGCCUGAGGUCCGGUAUGUGGUUGGAUUUAUUAUAUGAAGGACGAUGCCCUGUCCCGGAUACUGAGGUCAUUGACUUGUAUUCUUACGUUCAAAGCAAUCCAUAUCCUUUCAAAUC